AGGUGAAGGCUGGUCGGGGUGGGGGCGACGCGGCUGGCGCCCGCCCGCCCACCCGCAGAGGCCACCGCGGACUUUGAGCGCCGGGCGGGGCUGGGGCGUAGGUGCACCGGGAGUGCAGGGGGGUCGCGGGAGAAGGGCGGUUACGCGGCGCGGGGUGGCGCGGGCCACACAGGAGUGUGCCUCGGCGGGUGCAGGUCUGGGGGUCCCAGGUCCCGGCUCAGCUGCGGGCGGUGUCGGGGCGCGUGCGUGUGUGCAUCCUUCCUGAGAUCGGGAAUUGACCCAGAGUCAAACACUCCCAGGCAUCUGCGGCGUGGCCGCCCGCCCGUGCGCCCGAGGGGGCGGACGCGAGCCCCUCUGGCGGCGGCGCCGUCUCAGUUGAGCUCCCGCUCGCUCCCGGUCUCUACCGAGCCAGCCGCUGGGGGUCGCGGCGCCGUUCGCAGCUCCGGACCCCAGGCUCUGGAGGGUUUAGGACUCGGGCGGUCUCCCUACUCCAGCACCUUACUGGAAUCCACCGCUGCGCGGAUGGGAGCCGGCUGUCCAACUCGAGCGCCAGAGGCCUGCGACCCCUUCCUUCCGGCCAGCACGUCCUCCCCCUCGGUGCACGCACAUGGGGUCGGAAAGAAGUCCCUGGGUGGCUUAUUAAUGACAGAGGCAAGCAAAAAACAGGCGCUGCCCUGAAUUCCGUUCCUGGUGGAAGAAAGUCAAAAGGAGAGCCAGCCGACCUGGCAAAGCAGACCUUGCGGCGGGGGGUGGGAGGGUCGGCCAGAGAAGCCUUGGGGAGACAUCUCAGCCACCAAGGUCGCGAUUAGGGAGGGGUCUGAGUAUGGAGGAGACAAAUUCUUAUCCUGGUGGCUCUGCUCGGGGAGAUGUGAGCACGAUUGGACCCCAGGCAGGGAUUGUGUCUGUAAGAGCCACAGGGUCCCUACCUGCAAGCAGCUGCUCAGUCCUGGGAUGGCCAGGUCCCCCCUCUGAUUCCCAAUCCAAGCCUGAUGCCGGAGGGGGCUGCAGCAUCUGAAAUGUGUGAUGCCACAUGUGGGGUGUGCCCAGUUCUAAGGCUCCUUGGUGACCGUACUUUUCCCAAGACUUUGUGUCCCACUGCUCAAGUAGUUUGGCUCUCCUCUUCAGCUUUGGUUUAUGUGCUUAUUUAAAAAAUCGUAUUGCAAAGUAGAGAGCCCAGGCAGCCCUCUCUGGAGCCCAGAGUUCAGUUAGCUUAGCUGGAAUCGGGGCAGGGGACCUCUUGACAUAGCCUCCAUGUCACUUGAGGGAAGGGAAAUCGAAUGCCUUCUCCUGGGGGGUUUUUGGAGAGGGACAGAGGCGAGUGAGUGGGCUCAGCUUCUUAUCUCACUCUCAGACCCAUGCCUGCUCCACACAGUGCCUGUUCCGAGAGCGAGCACUCCACGCUGGGCUAUACUCCUCCGAUAGUUUCCCAAAGCUGGUGAGUGGCCUUCCAAAUGGCUGCCCAAGAGACUCCACUGGGAUGUAGAAAGAAAACAGGAGAAACCUUAGUUCCAUUUAUUUUUAUCUCAUGCUUUACAAGUUUAUGUAUGUCCACAGGGCAGGAUUGUAUCUGCUCAGUAGUAUAUUAUAGCAUUUCCAUGUGGAUACACAUCUAUUUUGAAAGUGCACACUUAAGUUGUGCAUUUUACCAAAGAGGGUAUAUAAUCAGAAAUGCUUGGAGAAGAAUGUCUGGAGGGUAGAGCUGAACCACUUAGCCAACCCUUUACUCUCUGGCCUCCCUCAUCUUUCUGGCUUCAUCCUCUGCAAUUCUUCCCCUCUCCUCCCCUGUGACAUCAUUGCUCCAACACCACUCAACUUCUAGUUGCUGGAACAUGCCCGGCACUAUCACAUCAGCACUGCUGGCUGUCUUCUGUCUAAGGCCCAUCCUUCCUUGAACGCUCCCAAAUCCAGCUCCUCUUUGAAGCUUCCUCUGAUGCUCGCAGCAACUAGAGGGCUUUGUAGGCACCUUUAAUGGCCUAAGUCACUGUGCUGUGGUCAUUUGUCUAACUUGCCAGCGUGCUUGUCUAGACUAUAAGCCCCUUGAGGGUCAGGCCCAGGUCUUAGUCAUAUCUACAUCCAGAACAGAUUGAAGCCAAUUUACCCUGCCUCUCAGGGGGACAACCUGGGCACAGUGAGGUUAAUCAGUCUUCACAAGGUCGGGGCUGCUGACCCCACUAAGCAGCUUGAGCCUCCUAAUCCAUUGCCAGCAGGAAGCUCAGGACAGAGUACGGCUUGUGAGAGCUGGCGGGGGCCAUUCUGGCCUUCUUCUGCAGACUCAGUCUGGGAGGGGAUGGGGCAGCUGCGUCAUGUGCACCACCCUCUUGCUGCUCAGCACGUUGGCCAUGCUCUGGCGCCGGCGAUUUGCCAACAGGGUCCAACCGGAGCCCAGUGGAGUAGAUGGGGCAGUUAUGGGCAGCAGCUUGGAAACAGACCUCCAGUCCUCAGGCAGGGAGAAAGAGCCUCUGAAGUAAGCCCUCACCUCUCCAUGUGGAGUUCAGCCCUGGGGACUGGGAUCAACUGGCUCAGGCAGCUCCUGUCCUUGGUUGCCCAGCACCCCAUAAAGAGGCUGUGGUGGAAGCACUGGCAGCAUGAGGGAGGAUGGGAAAAAGCAGAGAUGGGAGAAGGCAUGUGUUGAACCCAGGUGGGCUGGUGCUGAGGACAUAAAUUUCUAACGACUACCCUCAGGAAACGAUCUAGUAAAAUGAAGGGGAUGGACAAGAUGACUUCUGUGGCCCCACAGAUCGUCCCAAUCAAAAGAGACUGUAAUGGACUGUGUCUGGAGGUGCUUACAAAGACUCACCCACUCAACAAACUUUCAUGGAGUGCUUGUGUGGCAGGUACUACGGAUACAGAAAUGAAUUAAGACCUCCUGCCCCAGCCAACCAGAAAACUGGGCAAAAUAUAAGAAACAGACACGUGACAAGAGGGAGCACACAGGACAGUGACCCCAUGACUGCCUCAGUGUCUGUGGGGAAACCCAGCAGACUACGGUGGUCCAGUGGUGUUCCCAAGGAUUUACACCCAGAUCAAUGGAACCCAGAAACAGACACAACAAAGGUGAUUCAUCAGAGAAAGAAAAGUCCUUACAACAGAAUACAAAAAAUGCUAACCAUAAUAGAAAAAUGGAUAAAUUUGAUUUUAUCAUAAUUUUUGGAAGACUGGGAGAAAAUAUUUGCCAAACAGCUAUCUCAGAAAGUUCCUAUAUCCAGAAUAUAUAAAGAGCUUCUACAAUUCAGUAAGAUAGCCCAAUUUAAAAAAGGGUUUUAAUGGACAUUUCACAAAAAAAGUAUACAAGAGGCUGAUAAUGCAUAGAAAGAUGCUCAAAAUCAGGGAAAUGCAAACCAAACCCCAUUGAGAUACCACUACACAGCCAUCAGAAUGGUUAAAAUUAAAGACUGACGUUAACAGGUAUUGGUGAGGGUGUAGAGCCAUUGUAAGCCUGUGACGUGCUGCCGGGGGAGUAUAGUGUCACAACUGCUUGGGAAACCACUUUGGCAGUUUCUUAGGAAGUUACAUGUUAGGAAACAUAUGUCCACAAAAAGAAUUGUAUGAGAAUGUUCACAGCAGCUUUAUUAAUAAUAGCUCCAACUGGAAACAACCAAAAUGUCUAUCAAUAUGUUGAGUGGACAAGUUGUGGUAUAUUCAUAACAAUGGAAUAAUAUUCAGCUAUGAAAAGGGAAUGAACUACUGAUGUAAGCCAUAAAUCUGGGUAAUGGAGAAAAGCCAGAAACGAAAGAGUACCUGCUGCAUGAAUCAUUUAUAUGAACUUCUAGAACAGUCAAAACUAAUCUGUGGUGACAGAAAGCAGAUCAGCAGUCACCUGGAGCCAGGGGUAGAUAUGAAGACAGACUGUGAAAGGGCAUGGAGGUACUCUUGGGGUGAUGAAAGCACUGAAUCACGACUGGUGCCGUGGUUACAUGUGCAUACCAUUCUUAGACUUUUGAACUGUAUAUUUUAAAUGGAUGAAUUUUAUUGUAUGUAAAUUAUACCUCAAAAUAAAGAUGACUUAAAAAGUUAAAAAAAAACAAGAAUGAAAAUCUGAUCCUUGUCUUGCUCAUGGUCUAGUGGAAAAGCCAGACAUGAAAACAAAUAAUUAUAACUAGUGAGUAUUAUAUGAAGUAUGUUCAAAUAACAAGAGUCCAGUUUAUCGAGUGCCUCUCUUGUGCCAGGUCUGUGAUAGGUACUUUGCCUGCACAGUCUUGAGAGUUCUAAGAAGCUCAUGAUCAUCCCCAUUUUACAGAUAAGAAAAUGAAGCUUAGAGAGAGGGGGGAAGUCAUUUGCCCAAGGCUACUCAGCUAGAAUCGGCAGCGCUGGGACUUGACUCCAGGUCUGCCAGGUUGCAGAGCAUGUACCAAGCCAGCCUGCCACAGGAACACCGAGGAAAGAGCUCGAGGACUAUCUCAGUGUUUCGGGUAAGAUUUCAUAGAGGAGUCAUUGAAGUAUGAGUUGGAAUUUGCUAAGCGGAGAAGAAGACGAGGGAAAAGAAAUUUCAAGGCAAAGAGAACAAAGAACCUGAGCAAAGACCAUGCAAUAGUUGUGAGAAGACAGGGUUUCUGGGAAUGCGAAGACAUGUCCAGAAAAUAGCAGAGGAGGUCAACCGAAUUUACAUAUUCUUCAAAUUCACUAAUUUUUAAAUAAUCCAUUAAGUAAUAAUUCUGUGAGAGACAACAGGUCUGCAGAGCAGGCAAGUGAAAUGUGUGCCACUGGUAAACACAGGAAAAAAUCCACUGCUAUGCCAAGCCAUCUAUUUUCAAUAAGUAGGGUACACAUUGUUAUAUUUCUCCAGAAAGUUAAAAUUAUGUUCAGUGAUCCCUGAUUUUUGCUGAACAGUAUUUGUUGCAUUCUCUCACGGUCCUGUGAAAUUGGAGGGAAAAAAAUCCUCUACACUUUUAUGAUGGGUUUUCUAGCUGGAUAAAUUAUAAUUCCUGGAGUUAAGCAAAAUAUGUUCCACUGUGGUGUAUUUUUUUCAGGAGACCAGCACAGUGGUUAAGAUAACAGGUUUUGAGAUUGUCUGAGUUCCUAUCCCAAUGCUGCCACUUACUAAUUACUUUCACCUUUCCACACUAUGGCUUCCUCAGCUGCAAAACUGGGGGAUGAUAACAGGGCUGUUGUGAGAAUCAAAUGAGCUAGUACAUGAAAAGGUGCUUAGAUUCAUCAAGUUGUACACAGCAAAUAAGUACAGCUUUUUCUACGUCUACCUGACCUCAAUCAAGUGGUUUAAAAACGGAGAUGCUUAGAGUAGUGCCUGGCCCAGAAUAGACAUUUAAUAUAUAUUAGCUGUUAUUGUUUCGAAAGGUAAGUUGCACAUGUCAGUUCACUUUCUUAAUUUUGCCAUGACCCAUUCUUUCAGAGAAUUAUUAUUUAAAAAACAAAGAUGUAAACAAUGUCAGUCAUAUCAUUUAGGAUGAUUUUUACUCUAACUGAACACCCAAUUUAAGAUGGCUUAAAGAGUGAGGAGAUUGAUUCCUUUUUCAAAUCUCACAUUCUGUAUUUCAUUGUAACUAUGAUGUCAUUGCUUGUAAGAUACUGCCUACAUUGAGAAAUAUUAAAAUGUAAAAAUUGUGUCUCUGAAUCAAAUCAAAAGGUCUGAAGGAAGGGGGCUUCAGAACUGCUUAUUCAGCAGUUCAAGAGCAUCAUCAAGGACUCGUGUUCUCUCUUUCCACCAUGCGAUCACAGACCUCAGGCUCUUGCUUUGAAACAAGCCUCAUGGGUGCAAGAUGGCUGCCACAGUCUCAAGCAUCACAACUUCACAAUGUCCUAAAGCCAGAAGAGAUGCUGUUAUUUUUAAAAACAAGAGAACUAUCCCAAACUUGGCAGAAUUGCAUCACAUACUCUUUUCUGAAACAACUCUUGGCAAAAGGAAUAGAUUUAUCAUAUGGGUCUUCAGCAAACUAGUCAAGAUUUGCCCCUUAGGGCUGAGGAGGGGCUUGCCUCCUCUAAAGCACACAGCUGCCCAGUAGUAUUCCGUUCUCUUUGAAAGAUGCAGGAAAAACAGCUGUGGGGCUGGCCACCAAUAGUGCUUGCAUACAGACGAACAUCGGUGAAACUGCUGUUGGAACUGUUCCUGAUGUAAGCAGUCAACCUCCAGCAAUAUACCUACUCUGCUUCAAGUUCUUAUUACUAAAAUUAAAGAUUUCUUUCCAGGGGACAAAAUUAACCUCAGUAUUCCAAAGACUCUGCUUUCUAUUAAUGUGGGUUUCAGAUGCCACAUCUUAAAUCAUAUUAGUGAAUAGAACUCAGUGAGCUGACCAUUUGAACACAGCAGGCCAGCUGACUAGCUGUCCGCUUGGCACUCAGAGCCAAAGUCCCUGAACAGCACUGAGGGUUCCAGCCCUGUUCAGCUUGUGAUCUACUUCUGUCACUUACCACUAGACCAUGUGACUCCUUCCCUGCGAAUAAACAUAGAUCUACACUAGCUUUGAAUAAUGGUUAUAUAAUUCGAUCCCGUGUAAAACUCGAAAGUUAUAGACUUCACCAGCAAUGAGUGCAAAUGAAAGCACAACAUUAACACUUCAGUAUCAACAGCUCUGAACCCUUACCUGCUCAUUCAGGAACUCGGAUGCACUCUCUGAAGUUUUUGCUAGUAAUUUCUGGAUUGCCUAAACAGUGUACCUGACAUGUGCUCAGGCACAAGACCUCUAAUUACAUUUUGCUCCAGCCUCUUGGCCACCUCCCAGCAACCAGUGACAGCUCCAUCCGCUGUGAGCCUGUUGCUGCACCAGGUGCCCUGUCAGGCAUGAAAACUACACUGUGGCCUAUGGCACAGCGGCCCUUCUCAAGCUGUGAAGAAUGGCCCUCACUCCACACUGAGUGGCAACUAGUCUGCAUCCCAAGACAGCCCUGCUACAGCCCAGAGCCGCACAGGCUUUCACGCAUCACCUCCUGCAGCCUCUCAGCUUCACUCUUCCUGCUAUAGACCAGGCUCAAAACCGUGGAAAGGGUGCCCCCCAGUCCCCCCUUAAUCUCAUCCCUAACCACCCCUUCAAACACACAGAAAUCCCCUUUCCUCUCCUCCCCCACCAAUCCAAGGCCCUUAUACAUAAGAUCAAUUUACAUAUAAAUAGGGUGCAUCACAACUUAGUGGUAAAAGCAUGGACUCUACAGGCUUGGUUUAAACCUGACUCCCCCAGUUACUAGCUGUGUGAAUUUCGGCAAAUUACUUAACUAGCGCUUCCAUUUCCUAUUCUGAAAAAUGAGGGUCCUGAUAUGCAUUUCACAGUGCAGUAGCCCAGUUUAAAUGAGGUACUGUCUGUGAAGUACUCGAGUGGAGGGCACACAGGAAGUGCUAUGAAGCACUUGUUUUGUCUGCAACAGGUCACUUGCCUACACACGAGUAGCUUUGGGCAAAUUCCACCCUUAAGAGGUCCUACUGUAAGUCUGCAAUGAAAGGAACGUAAGUUUGCAGGGAGAGAAACCAUUCUUCCUCUCAGUCUUAUACAAAACAAUUUGACUUCAAGCGCAAUAUAGAGAAACUUAAGGGCCAGUUUCACAAGACAGAAGCUAGAGCUAAGCGAGUCAAUGAUUUCUUACUGAAUAGUCACCAUGGGCAGAGACAGUGGAAUACCAAUUAGACACAGUGAGGAAAUGAAAAAGUAAAAAAAUAAUUGAGAGACUUCUCCUGCCUUAAGGAGCAUACAAUCAAAUCAAGGGAGGCAAACAUAAAUGUGGUAACUUGAAAAUAAGCACCUGCAACAUAUUAAGCAUAUACGAAUGCCGCUGAGAUCAUUGCUAAAGGGUUGAUGAGAAUGGGCAGAAGGUAAUGCAUAAAAGGCUUUGUGGCCUAACAAAUUUAAAAUAAUUUCCAAAUAGGUGUAAAUUCUGGCCCUGACGUUGUUUGGCCUAAAUGUUACUUCAAAAACGAAGCCAGUGAGGUUGCAUGAAAAAUAGCAGAGGCAGCACUGAGUGUUACAUUAUUCUCUGCUCUUCUCCUUUCACCUCUUUUCUUAUCAGAAUUAAGGCCUCGGGGACUUGUGCAGCGGGGCCCGCACCCCGGUUCAGGGUAAUUCGGGGCAGGCCCGGGCCCGCCGCCACGGGCGCCCUCUGCCGCCCGCGCCCGGGCCUCACCGCUCUCGCCCCAACUUUUAAAGCAGUGAGCGGGACGUCCAACAAUUCCCCGGGAAUCUCCCUCCCCUUCACUUACGCAACUGACCACGCCGGAUAAAACCCUCCCCGUCCCCGGUAAACUCCACAGAGCAUCUAAGAACGAAUCCGGCCGGGCCUCAGUUUCCUCAGUCGUUCCCCUCAUGAGGCCCCUCGAACUUUCUGCGCCCGACCCCCAGUUUCGGCCAAGGACAGUCACUGCACCCAAGUAGACAAACGACUGUGACCGACGCGACCGUCCACCUUCGUUUUCUAACUGCUAUGAGUCUUCACAGACCGCCCACCGGGCUCUCUACCGUCCCUGGUGGCGGAACAUCUUACCCCCGUCUCCAAAGUUGCGCGGAGGAUGCGGCCCCGCCCCCGGGAGCGGGUGUUCGGACGACAUUUCCCAUCAGCCUUUUCUUAAUAUCGCGAGAGCUGCGGCGAGACUCUUGAGAAGGCCUGUGCGCAGGUGCAGUCCCCCUUCCUUUCCGAAGCCAACCUCGUGGCUGGUAGUUAUGGCGUUUAUGCUGCCGACCAAGCGCGGCGAGCAGCCUCGAGUCUUAGGCGGUGGUAAGGCUGCGGAGGUAGGAGAACGCGGUCUUCCUUGACACGCCGCUAGGAGUACACUUGUCUUCCCUUUCCUCAGAGUCGAAAUGGCGACGAUAAAUCGGCCUUCCUCCCCAGAGUGGUUGGGAGAUUAGCUGAGAUCCUAGGGAAAACACUUUGCAAAUCGGCGCAAGUUUUUAUGAUUGAAGGGAGUUAAAGCCCACCUUUGUCGUCGAAGGGCCCCUUCUUGGGGAGAGGAGGUCUCGCCACCUGCGCAGACCCGAGCGCUGCGCCACACCGCAUGCGGAGCGGAGCCACCCCGCGGGUCUCCGGUCUGCCUACGGACGGCCUUCGACAUCUGCAGAGACAGUGAGGCAGGCUUGCAGGUUGAACUCGAAAAGUAAUGAACCCUGCAGUGAGUAAGGAUGGGUAUAGGCUGGGCCUGGGUGGUCAUCAGACGUGAGAAAGCCGAGAUGGUGUGAAGGCCUGUCACAUACGGCUGCCGCACACUUUAUUCUGAAGUUUAAGUUCAGUACUCUCGACUGCAGGUUGACUCCAAAAUCCAGUUAGGAUUAAAGGUCUUAACCGUGAGCUUUGAAAAAGUCACCUGAAAACCAUCAUCUUGAGACAUGUGGUGUAAGCAUCUCCAUGGUGAAAUUUCUAUAAAUGGGAAGAUUUCACAGAAGUACCUAGCUGCUGUCUCAGCCCCCAAGAAAGGCUUCUCCAGAAGAAGACACUAGUGGUGGCACCGUAGCAGCUACCUUGGACCUGAAGUGCAGUUUUUCUCAUGCGUGAAAGCAGUAGACGUUGGGAACAGGCUUGGGUGGGCUAUUUGUUUUGCUUCCCCUGCCUUGGACUUGGGGUUAUGCUAAGGUUAUCUUGCAGUGAUGCCAGACGGGAUCCGCACAGCCUCUGCUGCUGACUGCUAGUGCCUAUGAACUAACCCUGCAAAGGAGGAUCAAGUAAGCAUUCUUUACACUUCAGAAUAGUCAGCAAUAGUGAGUUCAUCCUUGAACAGUCUUUGGCCGUUGGUGAAAUCAGGGUAAAACUAACCUCAUUCAGUUGAUGGGGUAUAACUAAUGUAUUGGCAGGAUCGCAGUAUUAUAAUUAACAUGUACAUGCACUGGGGAGACAAAGGGGAGGCAGAUGAUCAGCCUAGAAAAAGUGGAUUUCCUUUGAAGUCACUGUCUUGGACUUAAAUUUUUAAGCACAAAUCAAAAUAAAAAGUUGACAUACUAGCAUGGUGGAUUUCAGAUUGAGACCUACAUAAAAACAGCAUUUUAUUCUGUGAUUAAACACAUUGUUACAUAGGUGAAAGUUUCAGAGAAUAAUGAUGGGGGUUAACAAUUACACAGGAUGCAGUCAGGUGUUUCUGGCUUUUUUGUUUGAUAGAUAAAAGUGAAGUUUUAUAGAUAAAAAUGUGUCAGGGCAAUGACCGUAAGAGCACUGCUGGGUUACCAAGGCAAUUGGUAAUAAAAAUGACUUAAGAUACUA